AUGUCCGAAUUUAUUUUCAACCCUCAGACCACCAACUCCGUGGAGCUCACGCUACUGCUCGCCCAAGGCCAAAUCACCAGCGUCCAAAUUGUACAGACAUAUCUCACCCACAUUGAGCAGCACAACCCCAGCCUCAACGCGCUCAUCUCGCAGCCGCCACGCGAAAAUGUCCUUCGAGAGGCUGCCAAGCUAGACCAGGAGCGCCAAAAUGGGAAACUUCGAGGUCCCUUGCACGGCAUCCCCAUUAUUCUCAAGGACUGCUUCACGACGGCUUCAAGCCUGGGCAUGAGCACGACAUGCGGGUCCCUGGCUCUUGUCGGGGCCAGGGCGCCGAAGAACUCGGCGAUUGUGCAAAAGAUAAUUGAUGGCGGCUUGAUCAUCCUGGCCAAGGCCAACAUGACUGAGUUUUGCGGCAUGAAGAUGACUUACAUGAUGCCGGGUUGGUCCGCGCACGGUGGCCAGACUCUCUCACCUUAUGCCCCCGGCGGCUCGUCCACCGGCUCCGCCGUCUCCCUCGCAUCGGGCUUCGCGCCGCUGGCCAUGGGCACCGAGACCAUUGGCUCCAUCAUCACGCCGACGAGCCGCAACGCCCUGUACGGGUUGAAGCCGACGGUCAGCGCGCAGGACACGACGGGCAUGUUCACCAUGACAGAGUUUUACGACAGCCCUGGGCCCAUGGCCAAGUCGGCGGCCGACAUCCGGGCGCUGGCCGGGCUUUUGCUAGACAGGGACUUUGAUGCGCCCGAUAUGGGAUCAUGGAAGGGCUUGUCGGUCGGUAUUGUCGACCCGCGCCUUUGGACUCUGGACGAGUCCAUGUGCCGGCAACAUGAUGGUACCGCGGAGAAUAUGGUCGAGGAAUACCAUCUCCCUUGCCCGGAAGUGCCAUGGGCGACACAUGAAUAUGUUGAGCACCUGCAGCUUGCUGAUGCCAGAGGGACAGACUGGGAAUUCAACAACAUUUGCCUUCCGAAAUUUCUCACGACGUUUGACGAUUUUCCAAUCCGCAGCGUCAAAGACAUUGUCCAGUUCAACCUGGCCAACAAGGAACGAGCCAUGCCGGAGCCAUACACGGAGCAAAACGACCUUAUAAAGGCCAUGAACAGCAAUGAGCCGGCCGCGGCCGUAGACGCGCUCAAGGCGACGCUCCGCGCCAAGGCCCGGGGCGUCCUCGACACGGCGUUUGACGAGGCCGGGGUGAAGGUCCUGGUGGGCACGUGCGACUCGGCGUUUUGCGUGCACGCGGCAGCGGCAGGCUACCCGGUGUGCGCGGUGCCGCUGGCGACGCUGCGGUACAAUGGGCGGCCGUUUGGGCUGUGCGCGGUUGGGCGGGCGGAUGGGGAGGAGGCGCUGUUGCGGUUCAUGGCGGCGUACGAGGCGGCGAUGCCGGCGAGGGCGGUGCCGGAGCUGUGA